CUGAUUCGCCGCGCAGCCGGCAGUAGAAGGGGGGGCCGGGUGGCGAAUCGGCGGGGUCGAAGGUCCUGCUGUUUGCCGGGUCGUGCCUCCCUUCACCCCUCCCCCGCCAACCCCCCGCGUGGCCCGGGCUCGUGACGGCGCGGGUGCGGAAUAGGCGACUGAAUCAUAGACAGUAGAAUAUGGCUGGACAAAUAUCAGAAUCUGAUCAGAUUAAGCAGUUCAAAGAGUUUCUGGGAACAUACAAUAAACUUACGGAAACCUGCUUCCUGGAUUGUGUGAAGGAUUUCACUAGCAGAGAGGUUAAACCAGAAGAGAUAACCUGCUCAGAACACUGCCUACAGAAGUAUUUAAAAAUGACACAAAGGAUCUCCAUGCGAUUUCAAGAGUACCAUAUUCAGCAGAAUGAAGCUCUGGCAGCUAAAGCAGGACUGCUUGGCCAACCUCGUUAGACAAAAGAGUACUCUCUUCAGACUUUUUAAGCAGUGCCAAUGUUCAUUGGACAAGAACACAUUUUGGAUUUUCUACUGUCAGGAUGUAUGUCCAGCAACUCAGAGUUCUAGAUGCUGUUUGGAAGAUGGAAACCAAAAAGGGUUACACAAGAAGUUAGUAAUGGUUGACUGGUAAUGGAGUCUGUUCCUGAGGUCCUUUUUCUUGUACAAUCAAAUAAUACUGGUACAAACUUUUCCAGGGCCCACAGACUGGCAUGUUUAGAUUUCAGGGAGGUGGAAGGGUUAUACUUUGUUUCUUCUGCUCUAUUUCAGACACAAAAAAGUGUAACAUGAAAGUGCAUACAUAAAUGUCUUGACACUUUUUUAUUUAAUUCAAGUAAAAUAAAUGGGAACGAUACAGGUGUA